GUGGGAAAAAUAGGCGUCCAGAGAUUAUUGGGUUAAGAAGCAGAACAGUUGGCAAUAGCUAGGACAGUUUUUGUUUGAACCACAAAUAAAUUUCUGGCGAUCUCUGCGUCUUUCCUACUUCUCCUGAAUCUAUUAACAAACACCUUUCAGUCACAGUUUCUGUCUGUGUCAUGACAGAAUGGCAUCCAACAGGGGUCAAGGUGGAAUUCAACAGUUGUUGGCUGCAGAACAAGAGGCCCAACGGAUUGUGAAUGCUGCAAAAGCUGAAAAACUGGCCAGGUUGAAACAAGCCAAAGAAGAGGCUGAAAAAGAGAUUGCAGAGUACCGAGCUCAACUGGAGCGUGAGUUUCAAAAGAAAGUUUCAGACAGUACUGGUGAUUCUGGAGCUAAUGUCAAGCGGCUUGAGCAAGAAACUGAAGCAAAAAUUCAGAACCUGAAAACGGAGGCUGCAAAAAUUUCGGAUGAUGUUGUCGCCAUGCUUCGUACGUAUGUUACAAGUGUGAAAAAUUAGGACCCUUUGAUAUACAUUGGUGCCGAGGACCCCUAAAUUAUGAUUAUUAUUAUGCUGAGUUUAUUCUUUACUCUAGAUAUUGUGGUGAGGAUAAGAUUCUUGUUUUGGUUAUAAUGCUUAGUACCUUGCUGCGCUGUGUUGAAAGAAAUAACUUGAAAAAUUUGUUAAAAUAAACAGUUCAGGAUUAAAAGACGUGUA